AUGAGCUGCCCGUCUAAUAGCGAUCGGUCCUUUGGGCCUCAGGUCGAUCCUCGAUGUAGAACAUUCGACUUUACUCUGCUGUUCGAAGACAUCUUCUUUGUUGGCCUGCCGGCAAUUUUGUUCCUCGUCCUAACACCGGCUCAGAUAUGGGGUUUGUUCACGAAACGCGCUGCGUAUACCGUGAGAUCCAGGACCUUGCGGCGAUGGAAAUCGAUAGUAUAUGCCGCUAUCCUCAUCGUACAAAUUAUAUAUCUUGUGUUCCGAUCUCAGCAUGUUGCGUUACGGACCAAGCUAUCGCUUCCUGCAGACAUCCUGAGCUCUGUGGCGACGGUCUCAGCAUUUUUGCUGUCUAGGGCAACUCAUGAGAGAUCGCUUCGUCCGUCAACUGUGCUUGAUUUGUAUUUGUUUCUUCAAAGCCUCUUGAAUAUUGCACGCACCAGGACUUUGUGGCUACAAGCGGCUGGGAGCCCUGUCCCAGCUCUGAUGACCGUGAACCUUUCAUUGACUCUUUUCGCUCUCAUGUUAGAAUCUAUCGAAGAAAAGAAGCCCCUCUUCCAAGGCUCACCAGAGGAGUUUAGCGGACUCUGGGCAAGAAUCAGCUUUUCAUGGCUGACUUCCUUGCUCAGAACAGGCCAUGCCAAGAUCAUUUCACAGAGUGACUUACCCAACCUUGAUACUAGACUUCAAAGCAGGGUACUGCGUCGCCAAUUGAUAACAACCUGGUCGAAAUAUGAUCCAAAGGCCAAACACAGCCUACUUAAAGCUUGCUUUCGCAGCCAUCUCUCAACCUUCCCUUCUGCCAUGAUCCCAAGACUAUGCAUGACGGCAUUUACUUUUUCUCAGCCCUUUCUCAUUAAAACUACGAUAGAAUUCGUUGGAAGUGAGAAUCCCAACAGUUACCACGGAAAGGGAUUGAUUGGUGCAUGGGUACUUGUAUAUCUGGGAAUUGCUAUAUCGCGGUCUCUAUACUACUACGAGGCUUCCAGAUUUGUCGCCAAGCUGAGGGGAGGUUUGAUUGCCCUCGUGUAUCAACGGUCUCUGGACAUUCGUGCCACUGAGGGAGGAGAUAUAUCCGCCGUCGCACUCAUGGGCACCGACAUUGAACGUAUAGCAGCCGUGAUGGAAAUGUUUCACGAAACAUGGGCCUGCUUUAUCGAGAUGAUAAUUGCAUGCUGGCUGCUAGAGAGACAACUCUAUCUAGCCUGCCUUGCUCCCAUUGCUCUUGUACUAGUCUUCAUCUUCAUUAUCUCGCAAAUAUCAGUAGCUACUCGGAGGGCACAAGUUGCAUGGAUCGAAAAAGUGCAAGACAGGCUUCGCGCUACCACAGCCUUACUCGGAGAUAUCAAGGCCAUCAAAAUGCUUGCAUUACCGCAGGUGGUGUCAACUCUCUUGACCGGCUUCCGAACAAGAGAAAUAAAGACAUCAAAAACGUUUAGAGAGCUUCUAAUUGCCACCCUAAUGCUUUCUCUCGCACCAACCAACCUUGCUCCAGCUGCCACAUUCACCAUAUACGUCCUUAUAUCCGUCUUCUGGCUUCACGAAUCAUUUUUCACAGCCCAGGCUUUUACUUCUAUUGCUCUUAUCGGCUUAUUGACAGACCCAGUCAUAGCAUUCAUCCAGAUCAUGCCUCCUAUUCUGGGAGUUGUAGGCAGCUUCGACCGAAUCCAAGAAUACUGCAACUAUACAGAUGUGAGUCUCAAAGAUGAGAACUACUACGAGCCCGGUCAUACAGAUUAUCAUGAUGAAUCCGAAACUCAUCUCUUGGCGCCAGACGGGCCCGCUGAGCCAUUGGACGCUCCUCACGACGAUGCAAUCUCAUUGCAUAGCCAGGGAUUCAAAUGGAGCGAGAACGGACCAGUAGUACUCAAGGAUAUCCAAGUUGACAUAGGUAGAGAAGCCAUAACUGCAAUAACUGGCCCGGUGGGAAGCGGCAAGUCGUCUUUCUUGAGUAGCAUCUUGGGCGAAAUGAUCGACCUGUCCCCGGAGAAUCGACAGAGAGCAAUGCAACCGUACUGUAAGCAUAUUGCGUACUGUUCCCAGCAACCGUGGCUCGAACACAAAACUAUUCGUCGGAAUAUUCUCAGCUCUUCGUCUUAUGAAAAGAAAUGGUAUGAUGAAGUUGUCUCUGCCUGCGGCCUUGGUGCAGAUUUAAAGCAGCUACAAAGAGGAGAUCAAACGGAGAUCAGUAGUAGAGGUCUCAAUCUCAGCGGCGGACAAAAGCAACGCAUAGCUCUCGCUCGAGCCAUCUAUUCAAGAAAACGGAUCAUCCUACUCGACGAUAUAUUUAGCGGCAUGGAUGCUCAUACAAUCGACAUGAUCUCUGCCCGUCUGCUUGGCAAGGGGGGAAUUCUUCGCAGGCAGCAAACCACUGUCGUCUUGACCACGCACCACCACAAGAUAAUGGCAAUUGCAGAUGUCAUUAUUGUCCUUGAGGACGGUAGAAUUACAGCAAAAGAUACGCCUGCGGCUUUGCUACAGAAAAAUGGCUAUAUCAAUAAGCUGGGAUUGCAGCUAGACUCUGACAAUGAAGAGGUUGAUGAAUCUGCCACCAGAUCUGCAACUGCGCCCACAACGGAAGAAGUUUUCGAGAUAGCAGCAGACAUUGCUGUUGAGAUGUCGGAAGAAAUAGAUGGCAAGCAUACCGAUAUUCGACGCAAAAAAGGCGAGCUGUCUGUUUAUGGUUAUUAUCUUGCUAGCUCUGGCUGGGGUGCUGUCAUUCUAUACAGCAUUACUGUCUCGGGUUGGAUUCUGUGCAUUGAAUUUUCAAUUCUAGCGGUCUGGAUGAAAUGGUGGUCUGAUGCCAAUAACGAGGAGCCCAACAAGGAUGUUUGGAUGUAUUUGGGUAUCUACGCCCUCUUUGCCGUAGUUGGCACAUUGAGCGGUUUCAUAUGCGCCUGGGCUGCUUUCAUUAGCAUCAUCUCACGCUCGGCCGCACAGCUACAUUCAAAUCUACUACAAACGACCCUCAGGGCACCAUUCUAUUCUCGGUCGACCAGUAACCUUGGCGAACUGCUUAAUAGAUUUAGCAGAGACCUGGAACUCGUAGAUAUGGAACUACCCAGUAACAUGGUUAACUAUAGCUCUACCCUGGUUCAAUGCAUAGCCAAAGUCGUCAUUAUUUCUGUAUUUACCCGAUACCUGGGAGUAACAAUCCCCUUCUUCGCCAUCAUUGUCUAUUUUCUUCAGAGCUUCUAUCUUCAUACUUCGCGGCAGGUUCGACUACUUGCUAUAGAAGCUCAUGCGCCACUGUUUACUCAUUUUAGCGAAUCGAUUGCAGGGGCAACGACCAUUCGUGCCUUUGGAUGGCAAUCGUACCACCAAGAGCGCAACUAUCGCCUCAUUGACGCAUCACAGAAACCGGUGUAUAUACAGAGCUGCAUCAAGCACUGGCUUGGUUUCGUACUUGAGAUGUUGACUACUGUGUUGGUUGCCUUGCUUGUCGCUACGGUCAUUGUUUGGCGAGAUAGCUUUAGCACUGGCAGCAUCGGUGUCAGUCUGGUAACGGUUAUCGGAUUCAACGGAGUGCUGGGGCGGCUCGUAAAACAAUGGACAGUCUUGGAACCCAGCAUUGGCGCAGUAUCUCGAAUUAAACGCUUCACGGAGGAAACGGAGAAGGAAGAGCAGAACGAGAAGGCAGCUUACGUGCCUGCGACUUGGCCACAGGCUGGCGCCAUCGAGUUCGCUGGCUGGACUGCAUCUUACGGCCUCACAACAAAUUAUAAGCCAGUGCUCAAUGGUAUAACACUAUCAAUCAAAGCUGGAGACCACGUUGCCAUCUGUGGCCGAACAGGCAGCGGCAAGACUUCUCUAAUUCUCUCUCUCUUGAAGAUGGUUGAGAUUGUUGAAGGCAGCAUCUCGAUAGACGGUGUAGACAUAUCGACUCUCUCCAAUGCGGAAGUACGCUCACGCAUAAACGUCGUGUCGCAAGAUCCUUUCAUUUUGCCAGGCUCGAUACGCUUCAAUGUCGAUCCCCUGAACCAUGCUUCUGAUGAGGAUAUUACACAAGCACUUCGUCGUGUACGCCUAUGGAGUAUUGUCGAGGAGCAAGGGGGGAUAGACAAAGAGAUUGACUUGACUUCUUGGUCGGCUGGCCAGAAGCAGUUGUUGUGUUUUGCUCGAGCCAUGGUGAAGAGAAGCAAGAUUCUCAUUCUAGAUGAGGCAAUGAGCAGUGUCGAUCAUGAAGCAGAAGCAAUCAUGCAAGAGAUUAUUGACACGGACUUUAAAGAGUGCACAGUACUCGCCGUCAUGCAUCGCCUAGAGCACAUUCGCCGUUAUGACAAAGUUGCUCUUUUUGGAAAUGGAAGGCUUUUGGAAUACGACGAUCCUGAAACGCUACUGGCUGGGGAUACCAAGCUUGCAAAACUCUACUCAUCUUAUCGGAGUUAG